AUGGACGAUUCUGCUGGCCAGUUGUCAAACAACUCUUCUCAGCUCAGUGACGAUUAUAAGCCCAAAAAUUUCGCUCCUUCCCCAGAUUUUCGAUGGCUAUGCGUUGAAUUGUUCGCAAGGCUAGACAGCAUUAACACCAACCGCGUCAAAUUUGGCAAAUCUGCCUCCGUUAAGUACAUUGAGGUUAUCAUUCACUUCAUCAAACUUUGGCGUACCACAGUAGGCGAUGACUUUUUUCCAGUACUUCGAUUGAUUUUGCCUUACAGGGACAUAAGGACAUACAAUAUCAAGGACUUUACUUUGAUCAAAGCGAUCUGCAAGUCGCUCAACUUACCAAGAGAUUCUCUCACUGAGAAAAGACUAAUCAAUUGGAAGCAAUAUGCGGCGCGUGGCAGUAAUUUGUCUACGUUUUGUGUUGAGGAAGUAGCCAAAAGAAGGAAAGAGCCCGAAAUUACAUCUUCUAUGUCCAUCGACAAGUUGAACGAAGUGUUGAAUGAGCUAUCUAAAGAGGCUUCCACAAGAAAAUGGGGGUUCACAGGACUAUCAGACUCGCCUUCCUUCAAGUAUUGCUUACAGAACAUGACAUUCCUAGAGAUGAGAUAUUUCUUUGAUGUAAUUCUAAAGGUCAGAGUUAUUGGUGGCCUAGAGCACAAGUUCUUGAAUUGCUGGCAUCCAGAUGCACAGGAUUACUUGAGCGUAGUCUCAGAUUUGAAAGUUCUUGCCCACAAGCUUUGGGAUCCUUCCAUGAGGUUAGGACGCAAGGAGCUUUCAAUUAACAUUGGCCACGCUUUUGCUCCUCAUCUUGCGAAAAGGCUCCACAUAUCUUAUGAAAAGGCUUGUGUCAAGCUCAAAAAUGAAUUCUUUUUAGAAGAGAAGCUAGAUGGCGAGCGCAUACAACUUCAUUAUAUGGAUAGCGGUUCUCGCUUGCGUUUCUUCAGCAGACGGGGCACAGACUACACUCACCUGUAUGGAGAAAACACUGAGCGCGGGGUCAUCUCGCAAUUCUUGAAGCUACGUGAAGAAGUGCGUGAUUGCGUUUUGGAUGGAGAGAUGGUGAGCUUUGAUAAGGAAAAAAAAGUGGUACUUCCAUUCGGUAUUGUUAAAUCAGCAGCGGUUGAGGAAAUGAUUAAUUCCAGCUCUAGUAUCGAUAGCGAAGGAUACCGUCCUCUUUACAUGAUUUUCGAUCUUGUCUACCUCAAUGGGGUUUCACUCACGAAGUUGCCUUUGCAUACUCGUAAGGAGUAUCUCAAGCAAAUCAUCACACCUGUGGCAGAAGCCGUGGAGGUUGUUUCAGCACUUGAAUGCACAAAUCACCAUGCCAUCGAAACAUCGCUACAAAAAGCGAUUGAAAUGGGGUCCGAGGGUCUUAUUCUCAAACAAAAGUCUUGUACGUACGAUAUCGGGGCUCGAAAUGACCAUUGGAUCAAAAUAAAACCCGAAUAUUUCGAAGACCUUGGCGAGAACAUGGACCUGAUCAUCAUUGGGAGAGAUCCUGGCAAAAAGGAUUCACUCAUGUGCGGUCUCGUCACUAACUCAGAUCUGGUCGGCCAAAAUGAAGGGCUGCUGAAGUCAAGUACAGAGGACCCUGAUAUUGCCACCAAUUUGAAAGUUCUGUCCUUUUGUAAUGUAGCCAAUGGCGUGUCUGACGCCGAAUUCAAAGAGAUCGAACGGAAAACCAGAGGCUGCUGGAAAUCUUUCACAACAAAUCCUCCUCAAACAAGCUUGAUAGAGUUUGGUUCGAAGACUCCUGUCGAGUGGAUUGAUCCUCGCAUGUCGCUUGUUCUAGAGGUUAAAGCAAGAUCUGUUGACAAUAAUCAGCUCUCGGGUAAGAAAUACAAGGCUGGAAGUACCCUGCAUGGUGCAUAUUGCCGGCAGAUUAGAGACGAUAAAGACUGGACUACCUGUGCGACCCUAGCUCAGUAUCUUCAGGCCAAGAUCGCGCAUAAUUACUACACAUACAAGAGGAGAGCUCAUCAAUUGUCGCCAAGAAAGAAGAAAACACGUAAGGUCGGCCGGCGGGAUAAAUUAGAAGGUGAAGGAGCGGGGCCCGAAUCGAAGGAAAGCAACUUGUUCGAAGGCUUGCAGUUUUACAUUUUGGGCGACUACGUGGAUUCUUCUGGGCGCCGCUACGAUAAAAGUAUGAUCGCAAGCCACGUAACCAAACAUGGCGGUGCUGUGAUGCAUAAUAUGACCGUUAGGCCUGAGAACUUGCCAAACCUUUUUGUGAUUGGAGGCAGAGCUACGAUUGAAUGCAUUUCUUUGUUCGACAGAGGCUACGACAUUAUCGACCCCAGCUGGAUUUUCGAUUGCAUAUCCUCCGGGAUGCAAUUGAGUUUGGAGCCAAAACAUUGUUUUUACGUUUCUAGCCGAUUACUCGAGAACUGCCAGAAGAGGGUCGAUAUGUGCGGCGACACUUUCUGUAGACCCUUGAGCUACGUCGAAUACGACCACAUCCUAGAGCAGUCGACACAGACAAAAAACUCGGAAGAAAAGCUGCCUUUGACUCUGGAGCUUGACACAGCUCCAUUGUUUAUGUUCCAGCGGUACAGGGUGUUCAUCGCUUGUUAUGGCGGCACGGAAUCCGCUGCGUUUUCUUACAAGAAAACAAUCGAAGGAUUUGGCGGCUCGGUGGUUGAGAAUCUGUCGGACUGCAACCUUGUGCUAGUUCACCGCUCACCCGAAGACAGCUCGCAAUUCACGCAAAAUGUAAGAAAGCAAGUUGUGGCCACGUUUUGUCGUCAUUCUUCGCCCGAAAACCGCGUCCCAAGACUUGUCAGCAGUGCCUGGUUGGACGCAUGCUUGGAGGAGCAAUGUCUGGUUCCAGAGGAAGACUAUCCGUGCAUGUAA